GUACAUUUAGUUUUUAACGUGGAAGAACUUCGGCUCCGUUAUGACGGCUCGAGAUGCGUCGAGCAUCCAACCGGGAUCCAACAGUUUGCAGCUCCCCUCAUCGUCACCGUGCCCGAAAUCCUUUGGAAUCCUUCGACAGGAUCGCAUGGGCGUACCCGAGAACCGCGAGAGUUAACUAAAAUGCGAGAACUGAACGCCACCGCAUGCGCUGCUUUGUACGACGGCGUCGAGUGGUCGAGCCUGUGGAACGUGAUUACUCUAAUCGUCCUGGCGAUCGUCGAUGUCAUGGUGGUGGUGGGUAACGUCCUGGUCAUUCUAGCCGUCUACUGCACCAGCAAGCUGAGAAACGUGACGAAUAUGUUUAUCGUGAGUCUGGCAGUCGCCGAUCUGAUGGUCGGCGUCGCCGUCCUGCCAUUCAGCGCGACGUGGGAGGUAUACAAGGUUUGGAUUUACGGAAAUCUCUGGUGUUCCGUGUGGCUGGCAGUCGACGUUUGGAUGUGCACGGCAUCGAUAUUGAAUUUAUGCGCCAUCAGCUUGGAUAGGUAUUUGGCUGUGACCAGGCCAGUCAGUUAUCCUCAGAUUAUGUCGACGAAGAGGGCUAGAUUGCUGGUGGCCACCGUUUGGGUUUUGAGCUUCGUUAUCUGCUUUCCUCCUCUAGUGGGCUGGAAAGACAAACGGUCGCAUCCCACAUACAACGACACGUUUCCUCUAUACGGCCCGUCCAACACCACCACUAUACUCAUACCGAUGAAACCAUGCCCAUGGAUCUGCGAGUUGACCAACGACGCCGGCUAUGUCGUUUACAGCGCUCUAGGCUCCUUCUACGUACCGAUGCUAGUGAUGUUAUUUUUUUAUUGGCGGAUCUACAACGCCGCAGUUUCCACGACAAAAGCCAUUAAUCAGGGUUUUCGAACAACAAAAGCCUCGAAAAUGUUUGGCACCAGAUUCGACGAACAAAGACUGACCUUACGAAUACAUCGUGGACGCGGUAGCGUCCACAACGGUAGCAACAACGGCAACUCGAGAAGUCCGGACUCGAGUAGCCGCAGCUCCGUCAAGCGGGAAAAGAUCAAGAUCUCGGUUUCCUAUCCUAGUACCGAGACGCUCAACACGAAGUGCAAUACCCUCGAGAGAACGCCAUCGAGAUGUUCGCAAAUUUCGGUCCAUUAUAGCAACGGGCAGACGCAGACGCAGCUUUGUCCGAGCUCGCGAAACACGCAUCUCAAGGUCGGUGGUGUCAAUAGGGUCGGCAGCAGCAAAAGACCGAGCAGACGGAGCAGCUGCGAGAGUCAGGUGACCGGCGACGAGUUGUCGCUGCGCGAGAUGACGCCGAGCAGCGAGGAGAAGCCGCGGGUGAUGAAGCUGGGCAAGAGAAACAUAAAAGCCCAAGUGAAGAGAUUUCGCAUGGAGACGAAGGCGGCGAAGACGCUGGGUAUCAUCGUCGGCGGUUUCAUCAUGUGCUGGCUGCCUUUCUUCACCAUGUAUCUGGUGCGCGCGUUCUGUCCGAAUCACAUCCAUCCAACCGUCUUCAGCGUACUGUUUUGGCUAGGAUACUGUAAUUCCGCGAUUAAUCCGUGUAUCUACGCUCUCUUCAGCAAGGACUUCCGCUUCGCUUUCAAGAGAAUCAUAUGCUGCAGGUGUUCUUGCAUACGACGCGCCAACACCCUGCGACGUGGCAGUGACGGCAGCCAGUUGGCAAUGAGGAACGAACGAAGUCCUAGUUAUUCGAUCCGCAUGGCUCACCACGGGAUCUCCAUCGACGAUUCGGAUCCGGACCCGUCGGAGCCGACUCAUUCGCAAAGUGAGUCCAGAUGAUUGUAGCGUCAUGUCCGAGCUGGCACGCAGCGCGUCACCUUCAAUUCCCGAUCCUCCAAGGCGAGGAUAUUCUCCUUCUGAUGAUGGCGGUGGUGUCCCGAGAAUCGCAUAUCCGGGCCCUCACGUCACGAUGAUGACGACGACGGCGACGGCGACGGAGUCGUGGUCUCCCCGACUUCGGUGUGUGCCAACGUAAAUCAGUUUCGCCAUUCUGCCAGAACUGACGUUGCGUGAGUGUUUCGCGUAAAUUAGACACCCGGUGAAGCUGGGAAACGGCCCUGAUUCUAUCUCCGACACGUCGCGAAUCGGAUAGACAUCGGGUAACAGUCAACUAACAAGCGACAACUAACGAGCGAGCAACGGUGCGACUUGUUUAGCUUGCCCUGUUAUUCUUGCCGUUGCAAAAAGAAAAGCCAAUGAUUGUCCAUAUAAUCUCGCGUACGACGACGGGUUAGACGAGUUUACACCAAGGGGAGAUAAAAGCCAGAUAGUUUCUCGAGUGAGGUGAGCAAAUAAUUCGCCGCUUGAUCUGCUUCCUCCUCGCUAAAUCGCAUAAUUUCGCUGUAACGAGUUUACACGAGGAGAGGGGGAGCGAUGGGGAUGGGUAGGUCAAGUAACGGACUGCUCUUCUCGCUUUUCUGUCAUCUAUCAUUGGGGUGACGGAGGGGGAGGGGGAGAGGGGGAGCGGCAAAAAAGGAAGAAAAAGAAAGCGUAAGUAGAUUGCCGUUUGCCUUUGCGCUGUAAUUGCGGCGAGAUCGAUGAAAACGGAGUGCCAAGGUGGAACUCUGCCGUUGCGCGUUCACUCGGAAUUGGAUUUUAGCGCGACAGGCCUGGAACGCGGCGCUUUAUUUGCAAAAGAAAAAAAAGAAUACGGGAGGAAAAAGAGAAAGAGGAAAAGGGAAAAUUGGCUUCCGUACGCGGCCUCGUCACGGUGUUCCGCUUUAAUUUGUACUUUUGGGCGACACGAAGAGCUUCGCGCGGUUCACUCCUCGUAGGAGGACCGUCCUCUCGCGAUCACACGCGGUAAAAUCAUCCGUACACGCUUAUAGUAUACGUUACCUGUGUACUCUCACACGGAUUAACCGAAGGGGUAAUCGACCCGUUUGCCGGUAAUGUUAAUCUUCGAUUCGAACAAUGUGUGUAACGCAAUUCGGUGUGCCUUCUUUCGUCAUCCCACGUAGUAGACGUGCACCGUUUUUCGUGACGUUUCGAGAAAAAUAAUCCGCCCCCCCCCGUUCUUCCACAUACAGAGUCAUUUUGCAAUAUUAUUUAUUUGUUCCAAAUACGACUCGCGCGUGUGCGACUCGUUACGUGUCGUGUAGCUUCUAGUCCCUAAGUCCUUUCCUCGAGCGGACGAUCGGUCGACCAAUAAUUGAUCGUCCUCGCUCGUCCGCGCGUUCGUCCCAUCGGAAGAUCUGCGCUUAGAAGAUUUGAGAAUCGUCGCGAGAAUCACCUCUCACUCCCGAGCCAUGGAAAGAAGCGGGAGUUGGACAACGCUCGCGUUUGAUCGAGGCGCGGAUGUCGAACGAGCGACACGGACUUCCUAUGUACAUACAUACCGAUGUCUAUGUGUACGCAACAACACGCUAAGUUGUUAUCUUCUAUAUAACCGAUGUUCGCGCGCACGCUCGCAUAAAUCGGCGUUUCUCCUCCCCCAUCUUCUUCCCCUUUUUUUUGUAUUCGAUCGAUUUUUCGAAAUGCAGGCGGAAUAAAAUUUAGCAACGCUUCGACGCCGUUGAUUCCUGCGUUUCUUCUCUUAUCCCACGCACAAUAAACAUUUGCUCCACGUUGCCACGCGUGUGAAAUGUACACGUGUUACUUUGACUAAUUGAGCGACACGCGCGGAUAUUGUUAAAACGGCGUUAUGAAAAGAUUCGAUGUCUCCCACGCGUCCUCGCAGAAUUUUUCGAUUCACCCCCCCCCUAUUGCUGUCGUAGCUUUUUGCAAUUGUAAUUCGACGGGGGCGGCGAGACGGCCGAUCGAUUUAAAGAAGAAAACGCGUGAUUCAUGUAUUAUGUGAUAUAUCGCAUAAAUAAGUAACAAAACGGAUGGAAAUAAAUAUGUGAGUACGUAUAAACGGA